AUGAAGCUACGCGGCACACUUAGGGAAAAGCCUGAUAAGCAGUGGCCCAGCCCGCCCAUCAACGCCGGCCGCGACCCGGUCAACAAGUCCGCACCAUCCCCGCCGCCAGCCGCUAACAAGAACGAGGGGCAGGAGAAGCAGCAAGAACCGCCGUCAGGCGACAAGGGCUCCUCUGGCGACGGCGCCGAGUCCACCCAGGAGGGUGCGAAGGACCAGUAG